AUGCCUCAAAAUUCGGCGCUUUUUCAGGCUUCGCGAGGUAUGCGGUUUUUACAUCGAAAAAAUUGCGUCCAUCGUGACUUGGCUUCAAGGAAUUGCCUAAUUUCAGCCAAAGGUCUCAUAAAAAUUUCCGACUUCGGUCUGUCGAAGCAUGGAACUGAACUUGCGAAAAUGGACGGAGUUGUUGAAGAUGAAACUUCAUCACAAGUUCCUGUGCCCUGGAUGGCACCAGAGUCAUUACGUCGGCCAAUGAAGUUCAGCACCAAGUCCGAUGUUUGGUCGUUCGCUGUUAUGCUAUACGAGGUGUGA